AUGUCUAAGCCGGAGUUCCACGUCCGUCCGGGCACCUCCGCUGACCUGCCCGCCGUCGUCGACAUCUACGUCGCCGCCUUCGGAGAUGACUGGGCCGUCAAGAAGAUACACCCCCGCUGCCGCGAGUUUCCCGACGACCUCCGCGCCUGGGCCCACCGCUACUUCUACGCCCGGUACUGGGGCCCCGAGCAGCAACUCUUCCACGUCGUGGUCGUCCCGGACCCGACCGCGUCGCCCUCGGGCGAGCGCAUUGCCGCUUUCGCCUGGUGGCGCCGGCCGUACCCCACCCCCGAGGAGAAGUCGGCGGCCGAGGGCUGGCUCACCCUCCGCGGAUGGCUCAAGCCCGUCCUCCUGGCCGCCAACUCGCUCUCGGGCUACCUCUGGCCGUCGCGUUCCGUCGACCCGGCCAUGGCCGACAUGUUCGACGACACCCACGCCGCCACGGACCCGCUCAAGGACGACCCGGCGCACCCGCGGCGCAGGAACGCGUGGUACCUCUCCACGCUGGGCGCCCAUCCCGAGUUCCAGGGCAAGGGGUACGGCUCGCUGCUCGUGCGGGAGGGCCUGCGGCAGGCCGACGCGGAGGACGUGCCGGCUUGGCUCAUCGGCCUCGCGGGCGUCGAGCCCUUUUACGAGAGGCUUGGCUUCGCCGUCAAGGGACGGGCCAACGUCGGCAGGCUUGCCGAGUGGGACGGCGGCGCCAUCAUGUACAGGGAGUAG